GCGUUCGAUUACUUAUGUUUCUUCUUGAAGCGCAAGAGUUAACUUCCUUGCAAACCCAACUGUGAUGUUUUUGAAGUGGCGUGAUAAAGCUUUGCAGCCCGAAAGCGGUUACCGUAACAUACACAACACGCUAUUUGAACUAGAAUACAUUUUACACAAGUAGGUUUAGGUACAGCUAGCUGCCUGUCUGUCAUUCAAAGUAGUUUAUCCAAACACAUAAUAAACAUGCGCACCCACACAUCUGCUCUGCUAACUUGGCCAAAACUGACCACCGUAACACUUUUACUGUUGCAUUUAUUCUCUAGCUAUUUUCGUUCUUUAUUUGGUAGCAAUAAAACGUUGUGAAUAUGUUUAAUGCAGGAAAGUAUGAUGCGGCCGGGUUGCCGUUUUAUUUCCGCUAACGUCACGUGCGCAAUGUUGUUUUUACUAGCUAGCCAGUUAGCAAGCUAGCGGUAGUCGAGGUUUGUUUACGUCAACGCAUUCUAGCCCGGCUUUUGCUAACCGAGGCAAGCUAUUGGUUAGCAUUUAGCAAGUCCUUGAUGUGUUUAUCGGAAAAGACGAACAUGGAAGGAGAAUCCCAAAGUUCCUGAUUCACUUCAACGGUUGGAACAGAAGCUGGGAUCGUUGGGCUGCAGAAGAUCAUGUCCUAAGGGACUGUGAGGAAAACCGUAGAUUGCAGCAUAAACUGGCACGCAAAGCUCUAGGUCGCAUGAAGAAAAAGGGAUGGGCCAAGAGGCGGCGCCGUCAGUCUGGUACUAAAUCUUCUCUGAAGACUCUCCCCAAGGAGGAUGACAGUGAUGACGCAUGUCUGAUUUCGUCUUCAGGGAGCAGUGGCGGGGACGACUCUGAACCGGAAUCUUCAAAUAGCGGGGAAAGCACUUUCUCUGAGGAUAUCAACAAAAUGAGGGUUGAGCCUGACAUUAAUGUUAAAAGGGAAUGUGAGGAGAAGAUUGUCCACGUUGACAUUAACAUUCCCGAUGUCCUUAAGAAGAAACUGGAGGAUGACUGCUUUUACAUCAACAAGAGGAAGAAGCUCGUCAUGGUUCCCUGUCAGUCGAAUGUCGUGCACAUCCUCGAGUCCUACGUCAAGCACUUUGCCAUCAACAAAGCGUUCAUGGCCAACGAGAGGUACCGCCGUCAGCAGAGCACCACGCAGAGCAGCAGCCCACAGCCGGUCCCCCCGGAGAAGAGUGAGGAGUUGUGUAAGGAGAUGGUGGACGGGCUGAGGAUCACGUUUGACUUCACCUUACCCAUGAUCCUCCUCUACCCCUGUGAACAAGCCCAGUUCAAAAAGGUCAGCUCUUCCAGGCUUUUCCUGGCCGCCAACGAGAGCUCCCCCUGCUCCAGCAGCGCCCAGCGAGAGCGCAGCCCGAGCCCGUUGGGACACAACCCGCCCACGCCCCAGUCCACAGACAGCCAACCAGCACUCAGCGACAUCUCUGGGACCACGCCCACCGCCACAGCCCCGACCCCGAAGCGCCGGCGUCACCCCGACAUGGACUGCAUCUCAUUUCAGUCCCAGUCCCUCCGGCGCUCCACCAGGAACACAUCUGGAGGGGACCGGCCAGCGGAAGGCAGCAGUGGAGGUGGAGGCAGUGCUACAGCGUCGCCGCAGCUCAAGCGCCGUUUGGUCGACACCUCCUCUCAGCCAAAGUUUUUCCUCAACCUCGAGAGAAAAACCCCAGUGCACAGUGGCUCAUCUUCCCCGUUGCCCUUGACGCCCAGCAAAGAGCGAAGCGGUCCUUUCUAUGGCCUCGAGAGCCGGAGAAACAAUGAACUUAAUGAGGUCCUAAGUUGGAAGCUGACUCCCGAUAACUACCCUCUGCACGACCAGCCUCCUCCACCCUCCUACCUGUACGGAUCACAGCACCUCCUGCGGCUUUUUGUGAAGCUUCCUGAGAUCCUGGGGAAAAUGCAGAUCCCAGAGAGGAACCUCCGUGCCUUGGUCAAGCAUUUGGAACUCUUUCUUAGGUUUAUGGCUGAGUUCCACGAGGACUUUUUCCCUGAGUCGGCGUAUGUGUCUGCAUCCGAGGCCCACUACAGCAUGAAACAGCCGAGGCCGAUUUAUUGAAGGAGACGCCGGCCGUUUGUGUUUUCUCUCCCUUUAGCUCACCCCGUUUAGCUCGUCCCCACCGGGCCUGCCUGCGCUUGUGUGCGCCGAGGAAUAAAGAAGGUCGUUUUCACCUCUGUCCCGCUUUGCUCGUUUCAAACUGUCUGUCAUGUAAAGGCCGCUUUGCUUCAGUGUGCAGAUCCAAGGCCCGUGGAGCGUUGGCCCGAGCUCUCGUCUCAAAUAUAGCAGCUUUGGGUCGCCCGGCUGUGGAAGCAGGCACACCGGUGUCACCUGCUCAGACUUUCCUGCUCUUUAUGGCCAGCGUGCUCUGCUCUUGUUUCGUAGCGACUCCCUGUCAGCGCCUUCCGGGAUCCCCAUCCGGGCUUCUAAUGCACCCACUGUGUAAAAUAGUUCUUCCUGGGGACCUCUGUGUAGUAUUCCACGUGAGAUUCCACCAUUGUCCUUCGUCUGUCCAGCUUCAUUUUGUCCUGUGUCUCGCUGUGUUUUUUCCUUUUUUACUCAAUAUCCUGUUAGCAAGUGUUGCUUUUCGUACACAGAGCGGUGUCAUAACCUCUGAUCUUUAUUUUAAUACACAGCUAAAAUUCCGAUGCCGUUAGUAUUUGCAAAUAUUAACGAUAGCUGCGUGCAAACUUAAUUAAUCGAGUACCAGAGAGAUUGGACAAUCACUUGACUGGAUCAAAACAACUUGAGCCUAUAUGUAUGUCCAACCUAACGACUGAACUUUCUAUUAGUAAUAUUCAUUUAAACAAACAUUUGGAAUGUGAAUACAGAUGUAGAUACUUGUCCAGUUUGCUAUUUAUUUUUUCUUUGCACACCACUGGAUCACCCCACCACUCAUGUUUGGUCAAUUGGUUCUCCAAUAUGUGACAUGACUUACUGUUUAUAAGUCUUUCCGUCCCGCGUAAAAGACUUUACUGUUGUGUUUAUUCACUGCUCUGUUCAAUAAAAAGAAAACGCCUGUG